AUGCUGGCCAACCUCCGUCCUGAGCUUGAUGCGGCUAAGGACGAAAACCGUUGUUUGAAGAGUGAACUGGCCGCCAUGACCGAUUAUAACCGGAGCCUCGAGGCUGACAAGAUCGGCCUUAGCCGGGAUAAAGCCCAGUUUUCCUUGAGGCUAGAUGAGCUUGAGACCACGGUUUCCCGCCUCCGGGGGGAACUGGACUCGGUGAAGGCUGAUGCUACGGGCUUGGCCGAGAGGAACCGACGGCUCGAGUCCGAGGCUGCUUUGUUCGACGAGCGCAGGAGGGUGUUCAAGGAAAAAGUCGAGGAGCGGUCUAGGAUAUGUGAAGGCCUAAGAGCUGAGCUCGAGGAGGCGGUUAUUGCCAAUGACGGCCUUAAGGCCGAGCUAGAGGCGGCCACCCGUAGGAAACGUAUCCUUGAGGAGGACCGGGUUGAUCUGGAAGCCAAACUGGCCAAGGCUGAGGCCGAUUUGGAGGAAACCUGGAAAAGUGUGGAGGCGGAUUUUGAUUUUUGA